GGAAAACCUUUGACUUGCGAAUUUAAAUGGAACGUUAAUCAACACUGAGCUGGCCAGCGUGCGCACCAGGAAAACGACAUCAAAACAACCGUUUUUAAAUGUCAAAUCAAACGGCAACGCCGAUUUGCUGCGCCAGACCGCAGGCACUGAACAGUAGAUAUGGAGUGGCAUGAAGUGGAGCUGGAUGGCAGCCGCACGGCAUCCUUUCCCGAGCGCACCGUUCCCGGAUUUGGACAGAAGCCGGCGGAAACCGACGACUACCUGGGCGGCAUCAUCCGCAACGGGCAGUGGGGCUGGGUGACCUGUCGGUACGCGAACGACGCCACCCUGGUGGUCUGCACCAUGUCCACCGGUGAGUGCAUCUCCUGGCACUGCUUCUGGAGCGAGUCCGCCGACGAGGGACAGGGACAGCGCAGCAGCAUCCGUUGUGUGGAGGAGAUUUUUCCAGGCCGGUCCGAGCUACCGGCGUUGCUGGCCGUCUGCCUGGAGUCGUGGGACAGCGGGGAGCGCCAGCCCGACAACUGCCCGAUGACUAGCACGCAGGUGCUCAUCUACUCAAUCGCUUCCGGCCAGGUCCUGCGCAGCUUUGACCUGCAGGGCCUCCACUGCAGCGCGCUGACCUUUCUCGACGAAAGCAUCUGCAGCGGAACACGACUGAGGCGAUUCGACGGCUGCCUGGCUGUGGCUUCCGAUGAAGGCAUUGUUCUUCUGGUCGAUCUCAACUUCGGUAAACUGCUGGAGAAGCGUGGCCCACGCAGUCUCGCCAUCCCCAGGGUCGAAGGCGAGCCGUCCUACGGGGAGCUGUACUCCGUUCCUUGUGAAGAGGCCGGGCACCAUCGGGUCGAAGCCCUGCUGAACGAAUGUCGCUCCAAAGUGGCUCAUUUGGCCGUGCGGGUGGAUGUGAGCCGCAACGGAAUUCGAAGCCUAAUGGGCAUCUGCUUUGCGCCCGGCUUCGCCGCUGGAGUCGAGAAUGGUCGUAUCGUCAUAUACGACCUGGUUCGUUUCCACGUGACCACCACGCUGCAUCCGCCGGAAAAGAAGGGAUGUGUUCACGGGCCCGUGGAGCGAAUGUGUCUUGUCAUGCCGCCGGACGACCCCAAGCCAUGCUUCUACAUUAGUGGAUUGUACCAGAGCGCCGAUCGCCUUCACAUGGUGCUGCACUCAGUCAGCUACAGGCGCGUGGAACAGGAGGGCGACGGGUUCCGCUUCGAGCACUUUCAUUCCAGUUCUGUGCGAAACCACCAACUCUUCGACAGAGGCAUCUGCUCCGUUAUAGCCUGCACCACGGCGUCUACCUUCAGCUUUGCCGGCGACAGCGGAACGCUGCUGAUCAUCCUUUCUUGGUACUCGCACACAGAUCGCAAAAACAAGCUCGUCCUGUUUGAUGUUAACCAGUGGUACAAGGAUGAGAUGCCCGCUUGCCUGCGGCAAUACGAGAUUCCCCACUACGUGGCCGGUUAUAUCCUCAGUGGUCUGCCCACGGGACUGGGAUUGCAGCUGCGAUCCAACUCCAUUAUGCACUAUGUCUCGUUGCAGCGCUAUGAUGAGCACUUCUAUCCCGAUUCACUGACCUUCGAUUGCACGCUGCUAACACCAACUGGCAGUCGGUACUACGCCCAGGACGGAGUACAACAUCGUUUCCUGAACGCCCUGCGCUGGGAGCGCGCCACGCUCUUCCUGCGUCCUCAAGCCUACCACGAGGACAUUGUCCGCCUGCGACUCCUCCCACAGUUCUGCGAGCUGAACCCCAACGCCACGUUCUCCAAGACUGCUAUGUACGAAGUCAUACUCUCGGUGGCCUUGGAGCACAAGUGCGUGGCCCUGCUGAACGACUGCGCUCGGAGUUGGUUGGACGGGAGCUUUUUGUGCAACAUGCUCGAUCCCACGGAGCUCUCGCUGGGUACGCUGACCAACUGGAUCGUGAGGCGCGCCGGGCAGAUCAAGACGCGCUGCUCAGAGCUUUGCCAGGGCAUCUUCGACUACGGUGGUUACUCACUGGACGAGCGGGAGCGGCGCGAAUUCCAGGUGCUUUCCGCCCAGCUACGUGAGCUGCUGCGCCUGCAGUCCUACAUCGUCGAACUGGGCAAGCGCAGGCUGACGCCGUCAAUGCUGGCCGAGUGCAAGACCAGCGAGCGAGCGCUGCAGACAGUGCACGAGUACCAGAGGGUGCUUUACUGGUUCAUCGAGCAUGGCCUCCUGCCUGAGGGCCAGCACGAGGAUCAUCGCGAGCACCGGGAGCAGCCGCUCGUCCGUCUGCGGCACUUCUAUUCCGAGAGGCGGGCGCAGCGCAAGAGCCUAUACAUCGACUCCCUGGUAGAGCACACCUCCCUUACGAACGCCUAUCCGCCGGACUCUCUGCACGCCCUGCUGCUUGUGAUGCUCGCUCCGGACACAGAGGUCGCCUGCAAGCAAGCGCUCGUCCUGUAUCUGCUGAUGGACCUGGACCCACGGCUGGGCAGGCGCUUCCAGACUGCUUUCCAGCUGGGCGAAGAUCUGGUAAAGUCUGUGAGGUCCUUCUGGUGCUUGGACCGCGGCGAUUACGAUCAAUGCGUCAAGGAGCUUUACAAGGAUCCCGCCCCUGCCAGCAACUACGAGCAGUGGCAGAUGCGACUGCUACUCGAGACGCUGCUGGAUGGCGGCGCUGUCAAGGCGGCCAUGCGCGUGGCCAGCCAACCGCCCGGACCGCUGCCUCCGUCGCUUCACAUGAGCGUGCUCCUGGCCAACGAAAGCAUGCCGGAGGCCUUCCAGAUCGCCCGCCUCUAUGACGACGAGGAUGGGCAGUCGCUGCUGGAGCGCUUCUUCCGCCACUGCAUCGGACGCGGUCGGUUCAAGGUGCUGGCUGAGCUGUGCUUGCGAGGGCCAGAGGAGCGACUCUUGUACCACCUGCUGCGCCAGUGCCGCUCGCGCCAGGCGGAGUGCGUGCAGCUGAUCCUGCUGCUGCAGAAGAGCAAGUUCAUUGAGGCUGUUUCCUUCAUGGAUGACGUGGCCGCCGAGCGGGAGCGGGAGGACGAGUCUUCCAGUACCAUCAUCUCUGCCUACCGCUCUACGAUGGCACCGGUGGCGCAGAACAUUGCCGGCACCUACCUCCGCAUCCGCGACACUCUGGACGGCCUGGAGGAUGGUAAGAACGGCGGUCUCCUGCAGCCCUUCAGUUGCCAGCUGGUCAAGCAGAACGCCAGCGGCCAGGUUGGCGGCAUUUUCCAGAGCUCCGCCGUCAGUGUCCACUGGGCAACGCACUUCGAGGCGCCUCCAGUCUUGCCACGCGUUCCAGUCCCCAACAAAAUAGGCUAUACCAACAUUCCCUUCCUGCGGCACGCGCAAUACGGACUCUCGGAGCUUCCCCACCGGCGGCACACGGUGCGACCCGUGCCCCACCAGGUAGUGGAGAAGCGUCAGCGGGAGCAGGAGGAACUGCGACGGGAGGAGCGGCAGCAAAGGCAGCAGCAGUACUCGCUGCAGCCCCGCAAACGCCGUCGACUGUUGGCUGAGCAACUGGUGGAUGAUGUACAAGGCCAUGUGAGGGCCAUUCUAGACAAUAAGGUGCAGGAGUCGGAGAUGGAGGAUACCGAACGCAGUGAUGCCAUUGAUCUGCUGCAGCCACCGACUUUCCUUCAGGCGCGUCAGCCGGCGACACGCCAAAGCAGCAGUUCGCCCCAGGCGAUUCUCACGAUCCUUAAGCGACACUCAGCGCUUGAGGCGGUGGCAGGCACUUCGCCAGUGGCCACAUCCACUACGCUGGCAGAGCCCAAGAGGUUCCGCUUCAUGCCCCCCAUUCCCCUGCGAUUGGACGGAUCGAUGGAGGUGGACAGCGAGGAGGCGGCCGAGGAGGAGGAAGAAGGGGAGGAGGAGGAGGAGGGGACCGACGAGAUCAUCGUGGAGAUCGAGUCGAGAAGCGAGCCGAGGAGCGUCUGCAGCGUCGAGUCCGAUGAGGAUGAGGAGUUCCUUUCGCCGUUGCCCUCGGCCAAUGUGUCGCUGGUCAACCAGUUGGCAGAGCUACCACGAGAAUCCUCUCGACCCGUGCUCCCACCACCUGGCCCACAGCCACGUAGCUCACUACUUUAUGGAAAAACCGGAUCUGGAAUCGGAAUCGGGGUCGGAAGUGGAAGUGGAUUUGGGGCUGCGACUGGAAGCGAACGCAGCAGCGGGUUCGGCAGCUUUGCUACCGUCCAACCGACGCAGACGACCUCACACUCCCAGUUCGUGCCCACCAUCUGCUCCUCGAAGAUGUGCGAGACGCAGUCGCAGGUUUUCUCCAGCGGCAGCUCUGUGGUGAAGAUCUCCGAGCGCACCACCAUCUGUGGAGAAAUGGAAUCAACCGACCUGGGUCCAGAGUUAACAACCGCAGUCAGUUCGCAGUGGUCUCUGCCUGCAGCGCGUCCGGCCGUCGCGGGAUUCCAGAUGCUGGACACCACGCUGGGCAUGUCCACCUACGACGUGCCGUCGCUUGAGCAGCAAGAAAACCAGGACGAGGACCAGGAUCAGGAUCAAGAGGAGGAACUGAAGCUGGGGGAGACGCAGGAAGUAGAGGAGCUCGUGGAACAGAACAAUCAACAGGAUGAGCAGGAGCGUUCGACGACCGGCUACCCGCUGGCGUUCCUCAGCGCCUCGGAAGUACCUGCCCAGGAGCCCCUUUCCUCGCCCACCUACAGCCUAAGCAGCGAAGAGUCUGACAUGUCCUCGGCCGCUGGGAUCCAGAGUCCAUUGAUGCCGACCCUGCAGAACGACGACCCCAUGUACUCCAUCGUCGUGGAGUCGACGGGCUCUAUCACCACGUCCCGAUCGGUAACGCACACGCCCACCUCCUUCCUGCCCAGCGACACUAACGUCUCGCAGACCUCGAGUCCGCGGGCACCACACGGCGGUGACGGAGAUGGCUCGCCGAUCUCACUGUACCGCGCCAAUAGCCUGGAAACGGUUGAUGACCUCGACACCACGAAGGGUUCGCUGGAGGAGGAGGAGGAGUAUGACGAGGAUGACUGCGUCAUUGCACUGGACGGCACUGAGGUGCGCGGCUACGUCGCCCGUCCCCAGCAAACGACGGCCUGCAGCAGUGCCGAGCUGUUCGCCUUCAAGGAUGACUGUCCUGAGGAGGUGACGAGCGGCCCUUGUCCAUCUCUCUCGCUGGGCGCCACGGUCAACAGCGACUCGGAGGUGGCCGAGACUAUUGUGCUGGAUAGCGAUGAGGAGUCGCAUAAGGCAAAGGAUCGUCAGCCGGAGCAGGAGAAAGCAGAAGAGUGGCCGAUGGAAGAGGAGGCCGCUAGCGACGAUUCUGUGGCCACAGUGGCCUUCAGCGAGCACAAGCAGCCGCUGGCCGAGAACGAUGUGGAAGUAGAAGUGGUCCAGGACGUGGAACUGUUGCAGAAGCCCUUGGAGGAAAUUCCUGAAGAGGAUGGUGAGGAGGUGGUCGAAGAGAAGGUCGAAAAGGCUGUCGAACAGGAGGUCGAAGAGGAGUUUCAACAGGAGGUUCAACUGGAGGUCGAACAGGAGGUCACUCAGGAGGUCGUACAGGAUGUCGUACAGGAGGUCGUACAGGGGGUCGUACAGGAGGUCGUACAGAAGGUCGGACAAGAGGUCAUACUGGAGGUUCAACAGGAGGACGAACAGGAGGUCCAACUGGAAGUCGAACAAGAGGUCGAAAUGGAGGUCAUACUAGAGGUGGAAGAGGAGGAGGCCAAAGAGAGUCCCGAGGCGGAAUCCAAACAUGAACCAGAAUUGCCAUCUGUCCAGGAAGAAGAUUCGAGGCUGAGUCUAACGCUAGUAUUCUCCGAGGAUGAGGAGCAGGCGGCUCCGCAAACGACACGUUCCCUGCGACCUCGACGCUCCUCCUCGGAACAGCGGGAUAGUCCGCGUUCCCUGCGCCCGCGUCGCGACUCCGCGGAGCACAAGGACAGUCCGGCUCCGUUAGCUGGCCUCAGGAUGCGUCUGCGUAGUAAUGACGCCCUAACCGCGUCACCCUCUUCGGCCACUCCGCCCGUCUCCACGCCCAAGCGCCGCACCCUGCAGCACAAGCACGUGCUGGAGGUGAUCGACGAACAGAGCUCCCUCAACUCUUCGCUGCCGCGCACCCGCUCGCGCUCGCGGCUCAGCAUGGACUUGGAGACGCCCAACUCCAGACCCGCCACGCCAACGAACAAGGCGCGGGGCAAGAGAGCCACCUCGCUGGCGCCCACAACGCAGAUCUCCGGUGCCCGGCGUUUAUUGCGCGGUAUUAGUGAGCCGCCUGCCGCGGUCUCUUUGCCGCUCGACCGAAAACGGAGGAGUGUGAGGUCGCGCAAGUCGAGUUCCAGUGAGCCAUCCCCGUCAGCUUCUUCGACCCAGGCGGAUGCUCCCGCUUUGGUUUCCGAUUCAGCGGAGGCGGAACCAGAGGCGGAGGAGAAGAAGCCUCGUCUUCGACGCACCGCAAGACGACGCGUCUCAGAGAUUAGCGAUCAGUCGGCAAACGCCACUGCCUCCGAUGCCUCAAGCUCUAGGACCAGCUCCAACUCGAGUUCCAGCAUUAGAAACCGGGAGCUGCGUCCGCGCCUGCGUCGCAACCAGAAGUCGGAGGAUUAGGUCACCAUAGUCAAAAAGUGCAUCCGUCAUGGAGGGUAUGUGGGAUACAUCAAGCUCAAUUUUUAUCUCUCUUUUCGACAAUACCAAGAACUUUUAGGCGACAUAAAAAGCACUUUUCAGCAAACCGCUGUAAUCAUUUUGUUUUGUUCACGUUAACUACCAAUAUUAAUUGGCCUAAGUUCCAAAUUGAAAAUAAAUAAGUUGAAGUUAAAAAAAGUUUAAAUAUUUUUGCAAAUAUAUACCAUGAAUUGA